AUGCGACUCCUAAGCCAAGCCGUCGCCAACGGGAAGCUCAGAGACAAAAGCGCCAUGCCCAUUUACAUGUGCACAUGCCCGGAUUGCUUCACGUCGCCACUGGUCCCAAGGUACGGGACGGCGCGGGCUUUGCGACAGCUGGAGUGGCCGCCGUAUCCGUCAUUCCCACUUCUUCCCCUCUCGUUUCGUUUUUCCCAAUGGACUGAUGCAGUAACGUAUAAAGAAUCAACCGGUGAGCCGCUCCGAGACACCCUGAUGAUGCCCGCCACAUUGGCAGCUCCAUCCCACUAUGCCCAGCGCAGUCUAGAAGAAGGCCCCGACGCCGAAUGGCAGAACGUGCAGUCAGGCUCCGGCAUCCUCGCCUCUACUGAAAGGGUCGCACUUUUGUUUGGCGGUGGACGCCCCUCGCCUUUUGGCAGUCCCGAGCGAGGCUGCGAGAUGAUUCGCCGGGCUGACUGUCGAGGCUAG